CAAGCGUUCACGGUAGAACCUCUGACCCUCUGUCUCCCCCUGCCCCCCAACUCUCUCUCUCUCUCUCUCUCUCUGUCUCUCUCUCUCUUUCUCUCAAGGUGUAGGAGCUCUCCUUUUCCAGACCAGAGAGGGGCGCCUUUCCUGUUCCCUUACCCCUCACCCACCGAUUUUUUUUUUUAAUGGGGGAAAAAAUCCUAGCCGCGAGUAAUGGCGAGUGGAUCUGCUCCGAGCUGAAUGAAUGGAAGCUGCGGGGCAGGCCUGCGCGGACGGCCACCCUGCCCACGAUGCGGUCCCCUCGCGGCCUGUAGGGCCCUCGCCAGCCCCUCGCCCUCCUCCCGCCCCGGGCAGAGGCCGCCGCCAGCUCCGCACCCGACGCCGAGGCCGCGGCGGCCGAGGGGAAGGUCGGAGGGAGGGUGGUUUCCUCCCGCCCCACACCCAGUCUCCGAGCCGGAUAUAUAGAGUGUCACGUUUGGGAGCCGAAAGACAAGAGCAGCUUCCUCGUGGCCGGAGCACUUCCCGGAGCCCCGGGGAAGGACCGGGAUUUAGAGGACCACUAGUUGAGCCCGCGCCGGAGGAGCAGGAACCUCUUUCCGAAGCUAUAAAAGACAAAGGGAAGAGCCAUGUCCAUGAUUGCAGAUUUCUAUGGUGGCAAGUCCAUUCUCAUUACUGGGGCCACAGGCUUCUUGGGCAAAGUGUUGAUGGAGAAGCUAUUUCGCACCAGCCCAGACCUGAGAGUCAUUUACAUCCUUGUGAGGCCCAAGGCUGGCCAGACCCUGCAGCAGAGGGUUUUCCAGAUCCUAAAUAGUAAGCUGUUUGAAAAAGUCAAAGAAGUUUGUCCAAAUGUGCAUGAGAAGAUCCGAGCUAUUUCUGCAGAUCUCAAUCAGAACGACUUUGCCAUCAGCAUGCAGGACAUGCAGGAGCUUCUUUCCUACACAGACAUCAUCUUCCACUGUGCGGCUACUGUGCGCUUUGAUGACCACCUGAGACAUGCUGUGCAGCUUAACGUCACUGCCACCCAGCAGCUCUUGCUCAUGGCCAGUCAGAUGCCAAACCUGAAAGCCUUCAUACACAUCUCUACUGCCUUUUCAAAUUGUAACCUGAAGCACAUUGAUGAAGUCAUCUAUCCAUGCCCUGUGGAGCCAAAAAAAAUCAUCGACUCCAUGGAGUGGUUAGACGAUGCUAUUAUUGAUGAGAUCACACCCAAGCUGAUCGGGGAUCGGCCCAAUACGUACACCUACACCAAGGCCUUGGGAGAGAUGGUGGUGCAGCAGGAGAGCGGCAAGCUCAAUCUUGCCAUCAUACGGCCCUCCAUCGUGGGAGCAACCUGGCAGGAGCCUUUCCCAGGUUGGGUUGAUAACGUAAAUGGACCUACCGGGCUCAUUGUUGCGGCUGGGAAGGGGUUUCUUCGGUCCAUAAGAGCUACUCCGAUGGCUGUGGCAGAUUUAAUUCCAGCAGAUAUAGUCGUCAAUCUCACCUUGGCUGUAGGAUGGUACACGGCAGUUCACAGACCUAAGUCAACAUUGAUCUACCACUGUACGUCUGGCAACCUCAAUCCCUGUAAUUGGGGCAAAAUGGGGAUCCAAGUUUUGGCAACCUUUGAAAAAAUCCCACUUGAGAGAGCUUUCAGGAGGCCAAAGGCUGACUUCACAACCAACAACGUCACAACCCAGUACUGGAAUGCAGUCAGCCACCGGGCCCCUGCCAUUAUCUAUGACUUCUACCUGCGGCUCACAGGAAGGAAGCCCAGGAUGACAAAACUCAUGAAUCGGCUUUUAAGAACCCUUUCCAUGCUGGAGUAUUUCAUCAACCGGAGUUGGGAAUGGAGCACAUAUAAUACAGAAAUGCUGAUGUCCAAGCUGAGUCCUGAAGACCAAAGAGUAUUCAACUUCGAUGUGCGCCAGUUGAAUUGGUUGGAAUACAUUGAAAAUUAUGUUUUAGGAGUUAAGAAGUACUUAUUGAAAGAGGAUAUGGCUGGGAUCCCAGAAGCAAAGCAACACUUAAAAAGGCUCCGAAAUAUUCACUACCUCUUUAAUACCGCCCUCUUCCUCAUCGCCUGGCGCCUUCUCAUUGCAAGAUCUCAGGUGGCUCGGAAUGUGUGGUUCUUCAUUGUGAGCUUUUGUUACAAAUUCCUCUCCUACUUUAGGGCAUCCAGCACACUCAAGGUCUGAGAACAUUUGGCGAUCUCCUUUUGUUUGGAACCUCUCAGAUACCUCUAAAACAGCAACUGUGUUCUCAAGAUUAGGUAGUAACAAAUAUGUCCAAGUCAUUACCUGUCAAAUGUGCUGUCAUGUAUUCAUCCUUAUUUCUUAACUAUACAUUUUUAUUUCAGUGAGAGAAGGAAAGUCAUAUCCUAGCCUAUAAUCAUACAUAUGUUAGGAAAACAUUGUUUCCUAACACUCUAUUCUAUGCUCUUGAAUAUAAAACACCAAAGUACACCCAUCUUCCCAUAGUUAGCUUUUUCCUCCUUGAGAGGACUAAUUUCAACUCAAUAAACAUGGAAGAAUACAUGGUAGAAGCUGAGCUAUGCUAAAGAAAGGCAGUUCUAACCUUUGAACCAUUCUAGUGUACUUAGUAUAAAGGUUUAAAAUCAAGGUAAGUAGAGGAAGGAAGGUCUCAACAUCUUCACAAAUGCUGUUAGAGAAAUAAUUCUCCACCGAGGUUUCUGCUUUCUUUUUGUGUUAUACCAUGGAGUCCUGGUUGAGGGCUGGGGGGAAUUUGAAAAGUGGGUUCACAUUUAACGUUUUCCUUAACUAUCCCCACUUCUGAAACCUAAAAAAAACCAAGAGGUGUAAAUAAUUAUGUAUAAAGUGAAGGCUCAAGCGUAUUUUCAUUGGGACUGUUUAUUAUGCUUUUAAGUAAAAAUUAGUUCCCGUAAUUUGAAUUUGACCUCUAUUAUUUCUAAAUCUUUUGAAUCACCAGUUUUCCUGAUAACCUCCUAAGGGUUUCCCUCUUCUUCACUAAAGUCUCCAAAUCCUUUAUAUUUAAGUUUAUAUUGCUCAGGCCUCGAUUAGAGAUUAGAGUGACUAAUGUUAGAGGAAGGUCCUAGGCUAGAAUCAUGUAAAAACCCAUUCCCCUGAUCUUUGCCAUUGAGGAAAGCAAAAUUUCAAAUACAAUUUUAAAUGCUAGUUUUAGCUUUUUCUGUAAGUGGGGAAGUUUACUCUUUCACCAGGAUUUGCUAGUAUCUUCAUCACUCCAGUUGCAGAGUGUUACCUGUAGAAUGUGCAGCAGAAGAGGACAGACUUCAUUAAGUGACUCUAAGUUUAGAGAACAGGUGUUUUGUUUGUUUAGAAAUAUUUUAUGUAUAAUGCAAAUGAGUAAAAAACUAAUCUCAAGAUCCUAUAUUAAUAUAACUGUUAUUCCAACUUUCCUCAUAUUUGAGAGAUGAGUGCACGUUGGAUUGCAGCAUCUCGUGUUAAAAACAUGGACUAUGAUUCAAAUACAGUACCUGGGGCCUAAGCAACUAAAAAGAAUCACAACUACUUGAAAAUCACAUGAGCAUAAGAUGUUAACGACAGUUAUAUUUAUGCUCACUUUCUGAGAUAACUGGUUAAUACUCAGAAAGGCACACUAGGUGGCCGAAGUAUACUAGGGCCAUGAGGAUGACUUCUAGCCCAAUAUUACUUGAGAUUUUUCUGAACCUCAUAAAGGGCAUUUGGUGGGGACGCUUCUGGGCAGUGUCUUUCCCAAUCUCAUCUAAGUUCUGGGAACUACUUCCCAGGGCAGACAACCCAGUUCUGAAACAAAGUACCUGGAUAUCUUCAGUUUGAGAUGUCUGUAUGACAUGUUUGAGUUACAUUGAUUAAGAUACAAACUGUAGAUAAUGAUAAAAAUGAAAUCAAGAUACAAUUCAAUGAAAUUGGACAAAACAUAAUAGUUCUAAGAAUUUACUAUCAUCUUUUGAUUAUUUUAUGUUUCACCAAUUCAAUAAAUUCCACUGAUCAAGUAUUCACAUUUUGACUUGAUUAAAUGAAAAUUUGAAUUAAAAAAUGGUUUCCUCUC